GCAACGUCUGUAGAUUCCGGAAGACUCGCUGUGACGCUCAGAAACCGGUUAUCAUGUGGAUUUUGUACUGAGCUUGGAAUUGAAUGUACUUAUCGAAAACCAACAGUCGGCGACCGGACGAAACCGGUUGGUCCCUCACCAGAAGCUUGGUCAAGCAUUGAAAGACGACUGGCACAAGUUGAAGCCAGACUGGAUUCUACGCAGCAAUAUGUACAUGGAUCCGCCGCGCUCUCACCUAAUACGUCUACUCAUAGCGACAUAUACCCUCCACCGGAGCCUAGAUCUCGACACUCAAGCGCCAAUAGAAUGGCCAUCGAGAUGGUCAACAAUACCACUAUGUCCAUUCCAUCGGUCGGCACACCAGUGUUAUAUGAUUUCGCUUACCGACAGACAAGUACCGAAGGCAAGACCCCAAGACCUAGUCUUACGACUUUCCGCGCGCCUCCAUACAUCCACGUAGAGAGUUGGGACUACACAGCUGACUUUUACGAUGACGAGAUCUUGGCGGGUGAACGACUAGCCGACCAGUGUGAUGCAGUCAUAUUGCAUCCAGCGGACUUAUCGCGACGAACUUGCCGGCGACUCCAACAGUCGUUUGUGGAGAACUUCCUUCGUUGGACACCGAUCUUCGACCAACAAACGUGUAUCAACGCGCUUGAACAAGGAGACUCGGAUAGUUUUGCAUCAUCCGAUGCACCGACAUGCCUAGCCUUUUUGAUCUUGGCCCUUGGUGCUAUCUCUGAAGAUAGAAACAAUUCAAACAACCUCACACCUGGACUGGAGUACUUUGCACGUGGCUCAAGAAUUCUCGAGCAUUUAUCGCUUCGUAUCGGCAAUCUGGCCACCCUUCAGUGUCGGAUCCUGCAAGCUUCGUACUUCAAGUUUGCUAUCAGGCCUUUACAGACGUGGAAUUCUAUUACGCAAGCAGCGCGUGAUUGCAUGCAUAUCCUGUCAUCCAGAAUAAUGCAGCGAUACAAUCCUUCCGAUCAAGAAGCAUUCAAUCGAGCGUUUUGGGCUUGUUCCACAAUACUCCAUGAGCUCGAGGCAACAUGUAAGAUGCAUCCCAUCGGACUGCGCCAUUUCCACGAAUUAGUUCCGCUUCCCCAGUUCGAAGAAGAAGACUCAGGCUUCUAUUUCUUUCUAGCGCAAAUUAGUCUCAGAAAGUUCUUGACGCAGACCCUUGAAGUUGUUGGGUACUUUACAGGACAGGUCAUAUUUGCACCUGUUGUCAUUGGCGAGUUGCGCAAACAAGUACGCGAAUGGUACGAUCAUCUACCUUCGGUCGUCCAAUUCCCCAUCGAUUCGACGCCGCUGUUUGACUCCAGGAAAUCUUUCCUGCGGGUUCAGUAUAUCGCUUUACACGUAGUGCUUGGCUGGCCGUCAGUGCUCAAGAUACUGGAAGUUAGUGAAGAGGAGGCUGGCGCUCAAGACCACGAAACGAUAGUGGUCACAAGGGAUCACGCGCGACACUGCAUAAAGAGUUCAGCCUUGCUUCUAAGUAUAGCAGACGAGCAGCUCAUGGGAAGGAAGAUGGGAACGCACUUCACAUUAUAUCCAACAUUUGCAUGCUUUGCAACUCUCCUUAUUGCAUUCGACCACCCGGCUCUCGCCUUCAUCGAAGAGACUAAGCAGGAGCAGCAUAUCCGGAACGGAUACGAUGUACUGCGACCAUGGGCCCACCUUCCCCUCAUUCGACGGGGACUGGAAAGGGCACGCAUCUUGAUGCAGCAGAACAAUCUUGCGCACAUAUUCCACACAUACACGGAUGAAUUACCUCAAAAUGCAUCUGGUGUUAGUCCACCAGUAGCAACGAGUCACGACUGGAGAUCUCCGCGUGCUGAGUUCACCAUGAAACCAUGA